AUGUCGGGCUCUGCAUCAUCCGUCGGCGACGUCCGGGACGGCGGCUCCGUGUACAACACGAGUGAAGCUGCGACGGCGCUCAUGAACGCGAUAUUCGCCCAAGAUGUCAGUCAGGUCGAGGCGCUCUUGACGCGAGACGCGACGCUGGCCAGCGCAUUCGUGACUCACUCCUACAAACCAUGUGUGGACGAUGACGGACGGGACGAGCUGGCCUCACGCCCCCGGACGGAGCCCGCCUCGCCGCGCCCCCGAACGGAGCCCGUCAUCGUUUUCACGGGUAGGGUGCCGCUCUACUUGCGCCGUCCGCGACAGACAGGCGGCCGAGACGCGUCGACGCAGAUCCUCGCCAUUGCAAAGCUGCUGGUCGACUCGGGCGCUUCGCUUCGCACAAUACCGGACGCGGCUUACUGGUCAGAAAGAGCGCUCAUUGACGUUUGCGCCGACUACGAUAGCCCGGAGAUGAUGCAUCUCCUGCUGCGCGCUGGGGCUAGGAUGCCUCGCACCACCGAGGUUUGGUCAAGGACGGGCGGAUUCCUGGAACACGGCCUUGUGACCGGCGGCAUUGGCUACGUGGCCGGCUGGAACGGUUCACGCCCCUUUGAGCGCGAACGGCUCGAUUAUCCCCUCGCGUUCUUAGCUGGGGGCGAGCUCCGCCCUGGCGGCGGAUGUUGCAUGUCGGCGCUGGCAAUCGGCUACGGCCAUCGAGAUGUCGUCGCUCUUCUUCUGCGCCAACUUGACGAGGCCGAGCUUCGACAAACCCUCUCCCCCGGGGAGUGGCCGUGGAACCCAACCAUAAUCGAUGCGUGGCUCGUCUGUGCGGUGGCCAAGGUCUGGAGCAAGGGCGAGACCGAGGCUUGGCCCUGGGAAAUGCCACAGGUGCUCGCUCAGCGCGAGGAGAUUGUGCAAGUGCUCCUCGAUCAUGGCGCCAACCCGGCGGUGGAGCAAGAGUUUGCCAAUUCCUUGCUGCUUUGUGCCUGCCAAUGGGCGGGCUCGUCAGUGAUUGAGCGCCUCAUCGCGACCACGGCAGCAGACGUCAACACUCGCCAUGCUCAUACUGACCACUGGGAGCGGCCUCGGGGCGGCCGCCAGGUGACGGCGUUGCAGCUGGCCGCGACGCACCAGAACCUGGCUGUCGUCAAGAGCCUCAUCGCCGCAGGCGCCUCCGCCCAGCUGACGGAUGAGAACGGCCGCAACGCGCUUCACUGGGCCCUGAUGGGCCGGAGAUGUCAUGUCGGAGCGGAGGUCCGCCGCUGCCGCAGCGGCACGGACGACUGCGAGACAGCCGUAGUCUGGUCGCGGCCCCUGGACAUCAUGGCCGAGCUUCUGCCAUGCGUGACCGACGUCAGCGUGACGGAUAGCUUUGGGCGGACGGCAUUGCACUAUGCGGCCAAGUCGUUUCUCUGGGACGCCAUGGCGGUCUUGAUACGUAGCGGAGCCGACGGCUCGUUGCGAGACUCUGACGGAUGCACGGCCGUCUUUUACAUGGCGAGGACCGCGCCUCUACAGUGGAUGCUCACGGCACUCCGCGACUCAUUCGACGACGACAUCCCCCUCUCGGAAGGCUAUCGCCUAGGCCUGCGCCUCCUCGGACAGCAGCUACGAGACUCCAAAGCCCCGAUGGGCCUUGACCUGCGAUGCUUAGGUGGCCAGACGGCCCUCAUUGCAGCCUGCCGCGAAGCAAACCUCCCCAUGGUGGAGAUGCUGCUGUCGCUCCAUGCGCAGGUCAACAUCGCCGACGACGAGGGCCAAACGGCGCUGCCUCACGCCGUCAUCUCGGCGUACGAGAUCGCCCCUUCUUACCGGGAAGCCGCGGCGCGAACCGAGGAGAUGAGGCGGCCGCUACUCGACGCCGGGAUCGACGAGUCCAUACGCGACCAUGCGCGGAAGACGGCGGCGGAUGUGGAGAGCGAGCUGGAAGCCAAGUACCGGCCGAAUGGCGACCGGAAUCGUCUUCAGUAUAAGCCGAGGAGGAGCAUGGCCCACUACGAGUUCUAG